UGUCACGCCGACGCCGUCUCCUUUCCGUCCUCCUUCCACCGGAAACAUGGCGCUCCGGGAGAUAUCGUCGCUGGAGAAGUAUUUAGGACUGAAAAAGCCCAAUAAGUACAGUACUCGCGGGGAGAGAAAGGUUCCUGUGCUACAGAAUAAUAAUGGUGCCCACCUGGUGGGCUUGGUGACCAUCGCCUGCCACCUGGUGAAAGAGGCUAAGCGCCUUGAGCUGCUGGGUGGCUCUGCAGAGGACCGAGCUGUGGUGCAUCAGUGGCUGGAGUACAGAGUGAGCAAGCUGGACGGCUGUAGCAAGGACGACAUCAGAAUCGUCCUGAAGGACCUGAACCUUUACCUGCAAGACAAAGUUUACAUGGCCGGCAACCACUUCACCUUAGCAGAUCUGCUCAUGUGUAAUGGAAUUCACCCACUAAUAGCGGACUUGACCUUCCAGGAGAAGGAGCAGUACCUCAACGUGACACGGUGGUUCGACCACAUCCAGCACCGCGCCGGCAUCCGACACCACCUCCCCCCGGUAGUCGUUCUCAGGAACAGAAUUUACACCAGUAAACACCACUGAGGCUCCAGAAGUCUUAAUGAUUAGGGGUGGUAGCAACAUCAGCAUUCCCACUUUUUCAGUUAUUUGCCACAAACGGCCCAGUUGUAUUUUUUAAAACCAGAAUCAAGACAGUAAACAUCUGUUGAGAGGGGCACAAGCUGUCACAGGAUUGCUUCCUAAUAAUAAACCACCAUUGCUGACAGCCUCUCACGCCUUCUGGCGCUAUUUCAAAUAAGCUCCCCAUUUUAAUCUGCGAGCAAAACCAAUAAUUCCAUUGGUGUUGUUUGUUUUAUGUGUGUGUGGUUGUUUUGCAAGGAGUGCAAUGUGACGACAAACCGAUACGUUUGCUGCUAACUUAAUAAAAAUGUAAUUGACAUCCA